AUGUCUACUACGCUUCCAGAAGCGCAUUCCUUUGGGCCGAAGCUCAGACCUACUGCGGCAAUCACUAAGUACUACGAAGCGACGGCCUGGUAUAAGGGAAUCCCUGAGGGUACUAUCUACCGCAGCUCUGGGCGCCAAUAUGACAAGCUUUCCAAGAACGGUUCACCCCUGUAUAUCUACAUCUACUAG